AUGUACGGACGCGCAAGGGCCCUUCGGCGGCCACCACGUAGGGAACCCCAGGGACAAACCAAAGGGGACAAGGUCGUACUUUGCCGAGUUCGAGCGACACGGCACACGUCCACAACCAUCGCCAACAUUGUCAUCAUCUUCAUCGUCAUCAUCAUCUUCGUCGUCAUCAUCUUCUUCUCAACAACAAUCGCACGCCAUCCUUUGCAACCCAAGAUGCAUAAGAGCUCGCAAACGUAUAUGAUGGUGCGGUUGCGGUGCAUUUCGCCAGUGAAGCGCGCUUUUAGCCACAACAAUACCGCGACACGCCAAGAUGUCCUCAUCCCCCAGCCCCAUCACCACCACUGCAUCCGUGACGGCGGGCUGCUGCAAGGAGCUCAUCCCCGCCGCGGCGGCAGCGCCCAGCGACGCCGCCGCCACGUCAUGUCGUACAACCCCAUGCUGAUGCAGCGCUCCAAGCGCAAGAGCAGCACCAGUGGCGAAACCCGCCGGAGCCGUACUGCCACAGGCGGCGGCGGCGGCGGCGGCCUGGAAGCCCGCCGCCGCCGCCAUCGCCAGCCGGCCGCCAAUUCCCGGCACCCCACCAUCCAAUAA